AUGGCCACCGUCGACAAGCUCGCCGACGCCUCGUCCGCCGCGUCCGCCCCGUCCCUGGGCGAGGCCAUCGCGAGCCGGCUCCCGGACGAGACAUGGACCCAGAUCCUCGCCUCGCUCGACUACCGCAGGCUCCUGCGCAUGCGCCGUGUCUGCAAGCGCUUCAAGCGUCUCGUCGAGGACCAGAAGUUCAAGCUGUUCCGUCGCGGCUUUAUCGGCGGCGAGCUCAAGCCGGGCAAGAAGGUCGCGAUCCAUCCGCUCCUCAGCUCGGUCGACUGCGUGGGCGUCACGGUCACUUGGGCUGCCGUCCUGAGCGGCUGCUACCACGACCAGAGCAUCAGCCGGCACGACCACGACGACGUCGCCGCUGCACCGAGCUCGCCGAGCGCGUCGAGCAACUCGGACGGCGACGAGGACGACUCGACGUCGGCCAAGCUCGCGCUCGGCUCGCACGCCGCCGAGCACAAGUCGUCGCAGGAGGUUCCCGCCGUCAAGGACGACGCGUCCGACGACUUGAAGGAGUUCAACGGCCUCGAGUACCCGGCCGCAGAGGAGUUUGCCACGUCGCCCGCGUGCAAGGAGCUCAGGGUCAGCAUGAUGGGCGAGCACGGCUUCUCGAAGAACGACGAGAUCGUCGUCAAGGACUCGACGGGCGUCAAGUGCGACCGUGUCCUCAAGGCCAUCGCCAAGUACUGGGCCAAGGCCGCUCCCGCCGCCGCCGCGAGGCAGGUCCGCGCCGAGAACGGCUGGCCCAAGGAGCACAAGGUCUGCCGCAACGAGGUGCUCAGCGACCACCGCUUCUUCGAGGGCUGGCGUCCUGCCGUCGUCAAGGCCAACGGCUCGGUCUACCUCGAGGCGCUCAGGUUCGGCUCGUGA